UACAUUUCCUCUACCCUUUCUUCCAAGACUUCAUUUGCACCAACUGGCGAAAUACAUCACACUGGUCUCCGUCGCAGUGGGUAGGUCGGUUUCCGCGAUGGGCGAAGGCAUAAAAGGAGUCAAUGGGCGAGUUGGGUCGGACCCGUCCCCGGUUGUCGCAGAUGGGGAAGGAGGGUUACGUGAUCCCCAAGCCGGCCCCGAUGAAGAAGGCCUUCCCCGGUAGGUACUACGGGGUGAAGGGCGAACUCCUCGGCCUCGGAGCCGCCAAGGUCGCCGCGUGCGGCAAGCGGCAGGCUCUGUUCUGCAAUCACCUGAGGAUGGCUCUGUUUGUGAUCGGGUUGAUGGGGUCAUUCUUCGUGCUUGAUUCUUUGAUGCUCGUGGUCAUUCAUCACUUCAACUUCCGCCGUGGCUCCGCCCCUAGGAAGUCGAGUGGACUGCAGGAUGUUCAGAGUCAUAUUAGUAGCGAAAGGACUGAAAAGAUUAUGCACGGACGACUUGUGGCUUUGGGUUCUGCUGCUGUUACAAAGAAUGAGGCACUACUUGGUUCAUUUGAAAUAUUGAAGGAACCAUAUAGUCAAACAUCCACAUGGAGACCUUGUGCUGAUAAACUAAAUCAGGUUCCCCAAGGGCAUACCAGGAAACGAUCUGGGUUUAUAUUGGUGAGUGCAAAUGGUGGUCUGAACCAGCAACGAGUUGCUGUUUGUAAUGCUGUUGCUGUUGCUGCUCUACUUAAUGCCAGUCUAGUUAUUCCAAAAUUUCUUUACAGCAGCGUUUGGAAAGAUACAAGCCAGUUCGGUGAUAUUUAUCAAGAGGAUUUUUUCAUAAAUUAUUUGAAGAAUGAUGUGGAUAUAGUAAAAGAAUUGCCUUCCCACCUUCAAUCACUUGAUAUUGAAGCAAUUGGAAGCCUAAUUACUGAUAAUGAUAUCAGGAAAGAAUCUACCCCGGAUUAUUUUCUAAAAGUUAUACUUCCUCUUCUAAGAAGAAACAGUGUUGUUCAUUUCCUUGGAUUUGGAAAUCGACUUGCCUUUGAUCCAUUACCUUUAGAUCUUCAGAGUUUAAGAUGCAAAUGCAAUUUCCACGCAUUAAAGUUCGUGCCCAGAAUUCAAGAGAUUGGUUCUUUACUUGUCAGAAGAAUUCGACAAUAUAAUACAAGUUUGAACAUUCUGGAUAGAUGUUUGCUUGGGAAGUAUAUGCUUGACACUCCAAUAAAGAGAAAUAACACUUCUAGAGGACCUGUCAGAUAUCUUGCUUUGCAUAUGAGGUUUGAAAUGGAUAUGGUGGCAUAUUCUCUAUGUGAUUUUGAUGGUGGAGAAAAAGAGAGGAAGGAACUGCAAGCAUAUAGGGAGAUCCACUUUCCUACACUUACCAUGAUCAUUAAAACCAAUAAUUCCCUUUCUCCAGAAGAGUUGAGAAGUUUGGGAAGAUGCCCACUGACUCCAGAAGAAGCAGCACUGAUGCUUUCUGCACUUGGUUAUAAUCAUGAGACUUAUAUUUAUCUUGCUGGUUCUCAGAUCUAUGGAGGUCAGUCUAGAAUGCUUCCGUUUACGAGGCUCUAUCCAAAUGUAAUUACAAAAGAAGAUAUUCUCACACCUGUGGAACUUGCUCCUUUCAGGAAUUAUUCUUCUCAGUUAGCAGCACUAGAUUUCAUAGCAUGCGCAACAGCUGAUGUGUUUGCAAUGACUGAUUCGGGAAGCCAGCUCUCAUCGCUGGUCAAUGGUUAUCGUAUAUACCAUGGUAGAGGUCACGCCCCUACAAUACGACCAAACAAGAAACGGUUUGCUCGGAUCUUGUCUGAGAACAGGACUAUACAAUGGGUCGACUUCGAAGAAAGAGUGAGGAAGAUGAUUCAAGAGAACCAGAGAGUGAUUGCACGGCGCAGAGGUAGGAGUAUCUACAGGUUGCCAAUGACCCCAGGGUGCAUGUGCAAACCUCUCUGAGAACAGGAUCAUAAAUUUUGUGAAUGUUCUUGAUUCCAUACUAACACACAACUAACACAUUGAUUGCUAAACUGAUGAAUAAGAUCUCGAUGUUGAAGCAAUAUAGAAAUUUAUUCCACUUUUUUCCUCAAUGUAUAUGUAUUUAUUGUCGAUAUAGAUUCAUCAUGUAUAUGGAUGAGAAUUCUAUGUUCAGGUUGCUGUAAUACAUGAAAAUGUUCCAUGUUGAUGAAA